GUUUCACGACAGUUCUCUGCCAUUUCCGGCAUAAACACAUGAACGCCCGACCAAGGAAAACAUGAGAGGUCAAAAGUUAUGAUCCUAAUCUUCACCAGACACGGAACGUAACACACAGACAUGGCCAGUUCCAUGGUGGCAGUGGGACUGGCUCUGGCAGCAGCUGGAUUUGCUGGUCGUUAUGCCAUGCAGGCCAUGAAGCAGAUGGAGCCUCAGGUGAAACAGGCCCUCCAGAGUUUCCCCAAGACGGCUUUUGGAGGAGGGUACUAUAGAGGUGGAUUUGACCCAAAGAUGACCAAGAGAGAAGCUGCCCUUGUUUUAGGUGUCAGCCCCACAGCAAACAGGAAUAAGAUCAGAGAAGCCCAUAGGAAACUGAUGAUCCUGAAUCAUCCAGACAGAGGUGGAUCUCCCUACCUAGCAGCAAAGAUAAAUGAAGCAAAGGAUCUGAUGGAAGGCCAGACAAAGAAAUAGCACUCAAGACCCUGAUGAUUUCACCCUGCUCUCACUCAUACUGUUGCUCUGACAGAGUUGAGAGAUUACCAGACUUUUCUUACUGAUUGUUCUUGAAUAAAAUCACACUGUAUAAA